AUGACAAGCCCCGAAUCCAAGGCUCAAAUAAUGAACGCGUAUGAUUUCGCCAAACAACUACCUCCUGACUCCGAUAAGAAAACCGUAAUUCCCCCCGACAACGCACGUCAUGGGGAAGUAGACCAAAGAAUACUUCCGAGGUAUAAGGACGCCAACCGUAAUUCUCCCAAGAAUGAAUCGAAAAAGCCAUCCUCUCCCAAACCCAAGGAGGGAUCCAAAUCCCCAUCUCAUUCGGAGGCCACCAAGAAGUCCAAGUGUGUGAGCAUGAAGGGGGUGUCGAUAGACGACCCCAGACCAGCAUUCAAACGCUACAAGCUCGUUCUCUGA